AUGAUCAAACCAUACGACCUCAAUCAUGCAGCAGACGAGAUACCAGUAAUCAACCCAGCUACAGGUGAAGGAUUGGCAAAUGUUGUAUCCUCGUCUUCAAAACUAGUGGAAGACACCAUAAAUACAGCCCAGAAAGCCUAUACCUCUGGUGUCUGGUCCAAGGCAUCACCUUUGUCACGUUCAAAGGUUUUAUCCAAACUUGCGAGACUUCUAGAGGCCAAGAUCCCGGAACUUGCUCUUUUGGAAACAGCUCAAACGGGCAGGACAAUUCGUGAAAUGAAUGCACAACUUGGACGACUGCCUGAAUGGCUUGAUUAUUUUGCUGCUGUGCUACGGACACAUCAAGCUUUCGUGGCCCCUACGCAAGGGAAGCUCCUCAACUAUGUAGAAAGGGUCCCGCUUGGCGUCGUUGCACAGAUUACACCAUUUAACCAUCCAUUAUUGAUUGCCAUCAAAAAGAUCGCCCCCGCUCUGGCAGCUGGCAAUAGUGUUAUCGUAAAACCUUCAGAGCUUGCCCCUCUUACAGUUUACAAAUUUGUGGAAAUGGCACAAGAGGCUGGAGUACCCCCUGGUGUACUCUCUGUACUACCUGGUGGACAUCAAACUGGACAAGAUAUAGUUCGCAAUCCGCUGAUACGCAAAGUGGACAUAACUGCUGGCACAUCAACGGGUCGACAAUUGGGAAGCAUAGUAGGCGCAAAUCUUUCUAGGUAUACUGCAGAACUAGGAGGAAAGGCCCCAAUAAUUGUCUUUGAAGACGCGGACUUGGUUAGUGCAGUCAAUGGAGUGGCAUUUGCAUCUUUUGUUGCGUCUGGCCAGACAUGUGUGUCUGGUACCAGAAUUUUGCUCCACAGCACAAUCUACGAAGAAUUCAUGGAUAAGUUCCUUACCAAAGUCAACUUCAUCAGAAAUGGCAUGGGUAAUCCUUCUAAUCCUGCAUCUACCAUGGGUACUGUCAUAUCUACCAAGCAUCUGGAACGAAUUGACGCCAUGGUCAAACGUGCACCCGCAAAUGCUAAGAUCCUCACAGGCGGAGAACCGUUAGGGAACCACGCAUCAACAUUGGACGGAUUCGAUUUCUCAAAGGGCAGUUUCUAUCCUCCGACAGUUAUCACCGGAGUGAGCAUUGAAGAUGAGUUAUGGCAGGAGGAAGUUUUCGGCCCUGUGGUCGUUGUCAAAACAUUCGAGAACGAGGCCGAUGGCAUUGCAUUGGCGAAUGCUAGCAAGUAUGGGCUCGGUGCAGGGAUAUGGACUCUGGAUAUUUCAAGAGCGCACCGCGUGGCCGCUGCGAUCGAAUCUGGACUGUGCUGGGUCAAUACACACCAUCGAAACGAUCCUAGUUCCCCUUGGGGCGGAAUGAAGGAAAGCGGAAUUGGAAGGGAAAAUGGUCUAGAGGCUUUUGAAGCAUAUACCCAAAGCAAAUCGACGAUCGUGAACAUUGCUUCCGUGGAGGAAACCAGAAAAAAUGACGACUGGUUUGGCAGUAAUGACGGAUCGGCGAGAAGAUACGGUUGA